UCGGCUGCAAAGCAACAACUGUCAACAUGAGAUAAGUGACUGAAAAUUUGACAAGUAAAGACUACAUGGGUAUUUUAAAUUGUAAAUUUCGAAAAUGAAAAUUUCGGUUUGAGAAUUUACUGUGUGACAAUGAGUAAAUAUAUGUAUUAAGCAAAGUGUGAUACAAAUUACCAAUAUGAUUAUCAAAAACUCAUAUUUGAUGGUUAUUGCUGUUUGUCCGUUUUUAUGUUUUCAUGUGACAGCAGAUUUGAACACCGAAAUUAAAGUAGAUGCCAGUAGUGACGAUCAUGACGGUUCUCACAAAAAACAGUCCUUGCUGGCCAAUGAAGAGAAUUUCAAUAAAGCGAAACGAUCUGCUUACCAGCAACCUGUAUUGAAUAACCCGUCAUCCUUAUUGAGUGAAGAUUGGACUUUAAAUGCUGACUGGCCAGGGAGGAAUGGUGUACAUUUCGGCCAGGUGGCCGGAGUGACUGUGAACAAGCAGGGAGAGGUGGUGGUGUUUCACAGAGGUGACCAUGUGUGGGGUGCCGGCUCAUUUGAUCCUCUUAACCAAUAUUUAGAGAAGGACAAAGGACCUAUCUCCAGCCCAACCGUUCUAGUCAUUCACCCGGAAACUGGUGCGGUUUUACAGAAAUGGGGAGAAAAUAUGUUCUAUCUUCCUCACGGAAUAUCAUUGGAUCAAGAAGAGAAUGUUUGGCUGACAGACGUCGCUCUACAUCAGGUAUUCAAGUUCCCACCUCUCAGCAGAAACGAGCGCUCCCCACUGCUGGCCCUCGGAAAACCAUUUGUUCCCGGAAAUAGCGCAGUGCGUUUCUGCAAGCCAACAUCUGUUGCAGUCACUCCCUGGGGGGACUUCUUUGUGGCUGAUGGAUACUGUAAUUCUCGUCUCAUCAAAUUUAACAAGUCUGGUGUAAAAAUCAGUGAAAUAGGACAUGGUACAUUUACAUUUGGUAUAAGAAUGCCAGAUCCUUAUGCCUUCAAUUUACCUCACGCCCUGACGUUGGUGGAGGACCGUAAGCUAGUCUGUGUCGCUGACAGGGAGAAUGGCAGAGUUCUGUGCUUUGAUUGGAUCAAUGGAACUUAUGCAUUCAGCAUUUCUUCACCUCAGAUUGGAUCCCUCAUCUAUAGUGUUACAUAUUCCCCACUUGAGGGAGGACUGUUUUUUGUUGUGAACGGGCAAGAAAGGAAGUACAAUGCUGUGCCUGUUAGAGGCUAUGUGAUUUCAGCUUCCAACCAACGCUUGCUAGCAUAUUUUGGAGAUGGGCUGAAAAUGCCUCACGAUCUGGCUGUUUCACCUGACGGAAGAUCUGUUUACGUUGCUGAAAUUGGACCAAACAUGGUUCACAAAUAUUCGCACAAUGGUACUCUGGGGCCAGCAGUUGGCACUACUGUCAAUCCACAGUCUCCACCAGAACUCUUGGCACCCAUCUCACCACAAUCUUUGAGUUUGAGAAGUCCACAAGGCACAGUGCUGCCAGCCGUCCUCGUGACAUGUGCUGCCAUCUUGUUUGGUGCUGCAAUUGUGACGGCGGCACUUGUCUACUCUAGGGCCCGGCGGAGAGGGUGUGGCCACUGCGGGGGAAGGCGAUGGAUGUUGGGGCGGAGCCCAGCAGAAGGGUUCAUGAUUGGUCAUCUUCUAGGUCAACAUCAGGGCUUUGAGAAACUGAGCACGGCGGAGGAGAGUGAGGAAGAGAUAACGAGUCUACAGCCCUUUGCGUAGCAACAUUUCUGAUAUUGCUAACUAUAUUAUUGAUACCUGUACAUUUAUACAUUUUAGCCUCUAAACACCUCAUUAAUUAUUGAUUAUUUUACUACAAUUAAAUUUAACUGUUCGUUAAGUUUGGCAUCAUCUUUAAACUGGCAUUUUCUGUAUGUUUGACUUAUAUACUUGUAUUACAGUGUUUAUGUUUCUUCCUGGUCUUUUACUAAUCUGUACUUGUCAAUUCUAUAAAUAUCACAGUUUAUACAUAAAAUAUUGCACAAUUAAAAAAGUAGGAUGAUUAGUGAGAAAUAAAAUUACUCAUUUGCAAGGCAUACAUGGUAAUUGCUUGUUAACAUUUUCACAAAUUGUUUUUGGGAAUUUUCAGAAUAUUGGCUUUUAUUGUGUAUUAAAACAUGUUUACUUCAAUCAUUCUAGCAAUUGCAAAGAAUGAUAUGAUGUUGCAGCAUGUUAAAAGUAAAGUUGAGUCUUAGAAGGCUGAAAAAUAAUCACUGGUACAAUUUGAUAUUUAAUCUAAGAUUUUAUUAGAUCUGAGUAGAACAAAAUGUGCUACAUACGAGUAUUCUCCUACUUCAACUUCAUCAAUUUCUUCAUCUGUACAAAAAAAAUACAUAUUUGUACUAAAAUAUAAAAACAUGUUUUUUAUAUGCUUGUCAUUAAUGCUUUGGGAUGGUUUGUAAAACUAAAGCUUAAUCUUUGUAAAUGCUGAAAAUUGAGUUUAAGAAUCAGCUGUGGUGAAGCAAACUUGAAUCAGUGUAACGUAACAUCAGAUUGUCAGGCUAAUAUUGCUCUCUACUCCUGACUGAAAGUAUCAGUAAAUAUACAGGAAGCACUCUUUUCCAGCUUGAACAUUUGUACAGAGCCGUUUUGCCAUCUCUCUUAAAAUGUCAACAGUAGCACAUUGAUACAUUAUGUCUAGAAGUGAACCAGCUGAUAGUAAAUAGUUGGAGGAACUCAUCUUGAUUCGGUCUCGGAUCUUCUUUUGUAGAACAUAGCCUUGAGUAUCAUGACAUUAAAAAAUGCCCUUCAGUUCAUCUCACCUAGUUCGAAGAAAAAUUCAACUUUGAUUACAGCACCAAUGGUUUUGUCUGGUAAUUAUUACUUAUAAUUUCUUGGUAAACUGGAAUGACUGAAAUAAUUUUCAUUUUAUCUAACAGAUAUUUUGCUAUCUUUCUAUAAUCAGUCAAUAACAUCAGACUUAUCUAUCGCCAAGUAAAGUAUUUCCAUAACAUUUAUGUUCAUGAUUGUGUUGUAAUCUAAACAAAACUGCUUCAACUUGUAACAUUCUCAGACUAAACAGAUUAACAGACUCUCCUUACUUUUAAUGCUCCAUGAUUCGUCCAGUGUUUGGAUUUACCUUUCUCAAAGUUACCUGGAGAAAUAAAUAGAAAUACAUUAGCCUUUUAAAGUAAUUAAUUAAUUAAUUUCUCACUUGCCAGUUUUCAACCUUGCUUUUAACCCAUGCUAAGAAUUACAGACCUUAUGUUCCUCCAUUCUGGAACCUUCUUGUUCUGUCAAAAGUUAAGGAAAUUUCCAGUUAGGAUUGCUGCUUGUAUUAAACAGCAAUAUAUUGUAUACCAGGAUUGUCAUCUUGAUGUAUACAUUAUUCCAUUGCAUUCAGGAAUGAAACGCCUUCCUUCAUUAAUAUAGAAAGUUGUUGUAAACAAAAACUAUUGCAAUAGUGUUUUUUGUAUCAGGGAUCAAUUUAAUAACAACAUUCAAUAUUUUGGCAAGCUGUCACACUACCCUUGUCUUAGUCUGUGGAAAGAUGCUGACAAAAUUGUGAUUUCUUGACAUAUCAAUAAGGUUUUUGCUGAGGAUGCAAAAGUAUAUCAAGAACACAACCUUACAUGGCUAGAACUGAUACUGAUAUAUACAGGGUGUUACGCGAUAAGUUGACACAACUUCAGGAUAUGAUAGUAGACACAAAAACAAGCAAAAGAGUUCAUAUGAACAUAUAUUUUGCUUCAUUUAGUGUCUGUCUAUCCAUAUGUGUUUUUUAUUAAAAAAUUAACAAACACAGAACUCUCUUUGUUUGCUCUCAGAACUCGUUAGAGCAAAUAACAUGAAACUUGGGGUUUAAGUUAUUCUAAUAAAAGGAACAAUAUGAAAAAAUUAAAUACCUAUUAUUACUUUUCAUUUCAAAUUGGCAGCAUGUUAAAAUUUUCAAUAUACACGACAAAUAAAUUUUCUUGUGCAUAUACGUGUUUUAUUUUAUUUAAAAACUGCUGUUGAAAUGCAAUGACCCAUACAUAAAAAAUAGGACUUGGUUCUAAGGAUUCCAGUAAGGUAGCAUAAACCACUGACCAAUGAAAUUGAUGUAAUUAUUUUAUUUCUCAACUGAUUUGAACAAAUUUGGUAUCAUUAGUUUUGUAAUUAAAUUUUCAAAAAAUAGUAAUCAUUGAAAUUUGUAUAUAGGAUUAAAAUUGUUUUGGAUAUUAAAGUUUGAAAAUGUUAACAUGCCGCCAUUUUGAAAUUGAAAGUGAUAUUUGGUACUGUAUUAAAAUUGUUUCUAUUGUUCCUUUUAUUACCAUAACAUAAAUGUCUAGUUGCGUGUUAUUUACUCAAACGAGUUCUGAGAUAUGACAUUUUUUCAUAAAAAACAUACAUGGACAGACAUUAAACGAAGCGAGAUAGGACGUGUGUUCAUAUGAACUUUUUGCUUGUUUUUGUGUCUACUAUCAUAUCCUGAAAUUGUACCAACCUCUUGCGUAACACCCUGUAAUAUAUGUUACAGGAUGUCUUCUAGCCACUUGUGCAGUCCUACAGUGUCAUCAAUGUUGGCCUUAAAAAGUUAACAUUAUUUAUUGUAAAGUAUUUAUUCUGAAAGUUCCAUUUAUAUAAUAUUAUUCUGUAUUGUAGUAUUUAUCACCUGAACAAUUCAUACACCCUUAUAUUAAUAAUCUAAUAUUUAAAAAUAGUAAUUCUCUAUAAUUUAUAUUCAAAUAUUUAUCAAAACAAUAUUUUCAAAAUAUAGAGUUGUUUUAUAAUUACUGUAAAUAUGCAAACACGACAUUCUAUAAAAUCAGUGUCUAUAAAAUAAUAUUUUUAUAAAACAGCCAAUCUUGUCUACAAUCAUUGUAGUAUCCUUGUUUGUAGUAUUGUGCCUAGUUGUAGUUGUAAUAAAGUUCUUGGCAUUAAGUAACCAACAUAUAAGCUUCAGUACAAUAUUUUCUAAAUAUACAAGUAAAAUGUUUAUAUUCAAUCUUUUAAUAAAGGAGGCGAAAGUAAUGAGUAAAAUUGUGGCCAAUUUAAGUUGUUUGUGAACAGUUGACUCCGAUUAAUGACAGAAACAUUACUUUGGUAAAUAUUAAGUUUAUACUUCUUGACAUGACCUCCCAUAUGAUGAGAAUUUAUUAUCUUACCUAGGUUAAUAAAAUGUAUUUUUAGAACCAUUCUCUGUUGUAUUAAACCUCUUCCAAUAUGCCUUACAUGUACAAUAUAUAAUGUAAUGCCAUUUUAUUUUAUUUGAAUACUAAUAAAUCUGAUUAGUUUUUUUAAUGUUUUAUUGUGUUUGUGGAUUUUAUUAGUCACAAUUACAUUUGUAUUAUGUACUUAUUGUUUGACUUAUGAUUUUUUUCUCGUCUACUGACUGUUUAAUAAUUGACAUUUUGAUUGUUUAUUCAUGUAUGUAUUACUAUGUUUGUUUUGUCUAAAUACUGUGUUAUUUUGUUUAUAAUAGAAAGUUGUGGUUUUUGUACUGAAUUAAAGUUAAUGCAUAAAAUCUAGUAUCAAAUAAAGUAUUAGUAUCGUAUACUGUA